CUUGCAUUGUCGUCAGCCACGUCGACAUAAUCAGAGCAGCGAAGAGAAAGGACUCACGCAGAAGCGGACCCAUCGUCUGUCGCAGUCGCAUCAGCAGCAGUUGCAGCGUCGGUGCUUGCAUUCCAAGGCUCAUCAGUAUCCAUCGUUUGCAAGGACGAAGUCAUGAGGAUGCUCACGCAGAAGGAUCAGUCGCGGUGGACGAAUCGGCCGAGUCGGUUCUGGAUUUUCGAUAUUCAGACAAGAGCAAGGGAACUCGGGGGAUUACUCACGCAGUAGCAGAUCCAUCGUCUGUGGCAGUAGCACCGGCGGAUGUAUCGGUUCCCGUCGCAUCGGCUGUGUCAGUGGCUGUCGCGUCGGCGGCGGCACUCGAGUCGGUCGCGGAAGGAUCGGUGCUGGAAUCCGUCGCAGUGGCGUCCGCAGAAGAAUCGUUCGAAGUCGCGUCCGCACUCGAAUCGGUGGAGGUGGCAUCGGCAGCGGCGCUGUCCGUUGUGGUGGGCACGUCCGUCGACGUCGCAUCCGUGCUCGGGUCGGUCGAAGUCGGCUGCACGUCCGUGCUUCCACCCGUCUGCACAUCCGUCGAGGUCUCGCUCGAAUCCGACGCAGUCGUCGUGGCAGUGGGCGGCGGGGUCGUCUUCGCGGCAGCAGCACCCUUGCCUCCACCACCUCCCCCACCGCUCUUAGCACCACUACCGCCACUGCUCUUCUUCCCCCCACCCCCGAGGAGCUUGCUAAUCGCCGACUGCGCCGCCUGCUGCGCCUUCGCGAGGGCGGCUUGCUCAGCCUUCACCAACGCAGCCUUGGCCGCAGAGCUGAGCUGGCUGCCGAGCGAACUGUUAGCCUGAGUGGCCUUGGCGGCGGCGGCACCGAUGGCGGCAGCGAUCGCCUGAGAAGCUUUGGCCUCGGCCUGGGCGAGGAUGGACGAAGCCUGUGCCUGCGCCUGUGCGACGAUCGCGUUCGCAGCCGAAGCUUGUGUGGCGGCUUGUGUCGGCUGCGCGGCGGGGGCGGCAGCUUGAGCGGGCGUCUUGACAGCAGCAGCCUGCGCCGUUGUUUUCGCAGGCACGGCAACAGCAACGGCUGCGCUUUGAGUUGCAGCUGCAGGUGCCUUCGCCACGGUCUGUGCUUUGGCGAGGAUCGCGCUGGCUGCGAUGACCUGGGAGUUCUGGGCAGCGGCGGCAAGGGCAGCAGCUUGUGCGAGUGCUUGGGUUGCACUGGCGGCGGCGGCAGCAGCAGCAGAACUUUGGGCGGGUGUCGCGGCUUUACCCUGUGCCGAUGCAGCUGAGCAGGCACCCGAGACGGCUUGUCCGACGCCAUUCGCAGUGGUCAGAAACCCUUGGAGCGCGGCGAGGUCUUUCGCAAUGUUGAUGUCAGAC